AUGCUUUUCUACUUGGCCUACACUUCUGCAAAUUCAAUUAAAGAAAAAGAUCGAAGAAAAAUCGCAAAAGAUAUCUCUGUUGCUGCUUUAAUUGCUCCCGACUUUUACAACUUCGGAGAACUGCUGCAGCAAGGCGUCGUGCUGGAGGCAAUGCAGCAGCAGCAGCAGCAGCAGCAGCAGCAGCAGCAGCAGUGGCUGUUUCAGCUGCUGCAGGCCUUUGCAGAAGGAAGCGUUGCUGCUUAUAAGGAAAUAAUGGAAACCCACAAGCAGCAAAUUGAGCAAUCUGAGUUGAGAGAACACCUGGUGGCUUUGGAGCAGAAAGCAGCAACAGUGGCUUUGCUGCGGCUGGCCUUCACAUGCAGCACAGCAGGAGCAGUUUUGCUGCCAAGCAGCAGCAGCAGCAGCAGCAGCAGCAGCAGCAGCAGCAGCGGGGGCAGCAGCAGCAGCCUGUCGUUUGCUGCAGUGGCAGCAGCUUGCAAAGUGUCUUUGGAAAAUGUUGAAAAGUUGCUGCUAAUGGCAAUGGCAAAAAGACUUUUAAAAGGAAAAAUAAAUGGCAUCCAGCAAACCAUUCAAGUUGACUGGGUCCGCCCCGUGCUUCUCGCCGACGCGCCCAGCAUCCGGGCGCUGAGCAGCCGCCUCUGCUGCUGGGCAGCAGCAACAGAAGAGCUGCAGCAGCUGCUGGAGGGCCAGACUGCGGAGUUGCUGCGGACUUGA